CAACAAAAAAGGACAGCCAAUAUUUACACAACCCUAGACUCUACACUCUAAUUUCUACACCCAUCUGAAACACGAAGUUGGGAUUUUCAGCCCAUUAUCUUUGAAUAUAUACAUACAUAUAUACAUAUAUAUAUAUAUACACACACACACGCACAUUAUAUAUAAUAUGUCCAUCAAUAUCAACUUCCAAGCCUCAAUAAUAUUCCGAGAAUCUGAGGACCCCCGCCGUUCUUUUGUAGGUCAAAUUGUAUAAAACCAAAGAUCCGUCUCUAUUAUCUGCUUCUACUCCCCCUAUUGAGCAGUACUGCAUUCAGAGAUGGAAGCUCAAAAUUCUGGGAAUUCGCAUAUGAUUGAAGUAUGUGGUGAUGUGCAAGAUAUGGAUACGAGCUUGGGUGGGAGAAAAAUUUGUGGAGAUGGACCGUGCGGAUUUUCAGAUGCUAAAACCAGUUCCAAAGAUGCACAGGAACGGUCAGCGUCCAUGCGGAAGCUUUUGAUAGCGGUUAUCCUGUGUGUCAUUUUCAUGAGUGUGGAGGUUGUUGGGGGUAUCAAAGCCAACAGUCUUGCAAUUCUCACUGAUGCGGCUCAUUUAUUGUCAGAUGUUGCUGCAUUUGCAAUUUCUUUAUUCUCACUUUGGGCAUCAGGAUGGGAGGCGACUCCUCGUCAGUCUUACGGUUUCUUCCGGAUUGAAAUACUUGGUGCUCUUGUUUCCAUUCAGAUGAUUUGGCUGCUUGCUGGGAUCCUUGUUUAUGAAGCCAUUGCAAGACUUAUCCAUGACACUGGUGAAGUUCAGGGCUUUCUCAUGUUUGUUGUUUCUGCGUUUGGUUUAGUGGUGAAUAUCGCCAUGGCACUCUUAUUAGGUCAUGAUCAUGGGCAUGAUCACGGACAUGGGCAUGGCCAUGGUGUCCAUGGUCAUGGACAUGAGGAUCAUGAUGAGACACAUAACCAUGGGAUUACUGUGACCACACAUCACUCUCAUCAUCAUAUUCAUCAUCCUGUGGUGCACUCGAAUCAUGAUGACAAACACCAUCAUACCGAGGUAGUCAACAUCUCAGAACCUCUGCUCGGUCAUAGCUCUGAAGGUGAAAAGAAACAAGAAGGCAAAGGGAAGAAGCAACGAAACGUCAAUCUGCAGGGGGCUUAUCUUCAUGUACUUGGCGAUGCCAUUCAGAGUAUUGGAGUGAUGAUUGGUGGAGGGAUUAUCUGGUACAAGCCUGAGUGGAAGAUUAUUGAUCUGAUAUGUACCCUUGUAUUUUCAAUAAUCGUGCUGGCGACAACAAUCCGGAUGUUGAGGAACAUUUUGGAGGUUUUGAUGGAGAGUACUCCUAGAGAGAUUGAUGCCACAAAGAUUGAGAAAGGUCUCUGCGAGAUGGACGAGGUAAUUGCCAUUCACGAGCUGCACAUAUGGGCAAUAACUGUUGGGAAGGUGUUAAUGGCUUGUCAUGUUAUCGUUAAGUCGGAUGCUAAUGCUGAUGUGGUGCUGGAAAAGGUUAUAGACUACAUCAAGAGAGAAUAUAAUAUCAGUCAUGUAACGAUUCAGAUAGAGCGACAGUAAUGCUGGAGAGAGACGAUUUGUCUAUGCCCAACCGUUAUAAUUAGGUCAGUUUGGUGUUUUAAGACUUCAAUUUUUUCCCCACGGUUGACAGAUCAUAAUCUGUUAUCUCAUUGGUUUGCUCUUAAGUUCCUUGUUUUUAAAUC